UUUGAAUUUCACUUUUAACCGCUGCCCCGGCAACCGGUGGCUCCAAAACAAAGAACCAUGCCUUGUACCCCCAAUCCCCAAUCUCAACCGCCAAGUUGGCCCCUUUCCGCCAGUCAAAUAAACUUUCCCUUAAAGUUUGCUAAAAAAUGUCACACAAGAGAUUCUACGUGAAGUUAGACUUGCAACUUCAUGCGCUCACGUGUCCCGGCGUUUGGCUUUGUUCCCACGGAUACCUGGAGGCCACUGUCAAGACCUUGGGUUACUACUUCCGUACAGGAGCGAUGGAGCCGCGGUUUCCAAUGCUGUGCCAUGAUCAAUUCACGAUGGAGGGUUAUUUUAAAAGUGUGGAGUGUCUGGAGGAUAUGCACGAACUACUGAAAGCCGAACAGUUGGAGAUAACCGUCUGGCAGAACGGUCGGCGGUUGGCCUAUUUCGUGGGAAGUCUAUCGGAUGUGAUGCAGCCCACGUUUCCUCGGUUGAGUUGUGCACACAGCUCCAAUGUCCAGUUGCUGAUGAAGGCCACGCCAGCUUUUCCCGGAAUCCUGGCUCCCAAAGUGGAGCUGUCUGCUCAAUUGACUACUCAGGAUCGAAGGAAGGGAUGCAGUUGCGAUGCUUUCAGAGAAGAGCCUAUUCCUCCUAUAAAUCGCCAUGUGGAAAGCCGUUGCUUGGGCCACUUGGAUAAGCCUCGAAAGCAGCGAACAGUGUGCCACGGCAGGAACUCCAAUUGUUGUCCAAGUUACUCGGGAUGGAGAGGCCCCUCUCCGGAGCAGCAGAAACAGCAGCAGGGGCGACGUUUGUCCACCUGUUCGAGCUCAACUCAAUUAAGCAGUCUCAGCCAGAGUUCCUCGCUGACGCAGUGCAGCCAUUUGUCCAGCUGUAGUAAUCCUGUGGACGAUCACCACAACAGUUGUGAAAUCUGCCAAGCCUACAGACGCAUGUUUCCCGCUUAUUAAAUAUAAAUUAUUAAGCAAAAAACAUCAUUGUUUUUUUAUACACUAUUC